AUGCAGUCCAUUUUAAGAGUACCCGUCGCCAUAUUAUCGUUGCUAUUGGAGGUAUUCUUGUUUUGGUAUAGAAAACUCUGGGGGCGGUGGACGACGAAGGGUCCGGUAGACGAAUGGCUCGAAGCGUUACGCAAUGCCGAGGUAUACGAAGAUUGGGAACACGCCGCGCUACAGUUGGAUAAUCUCAAAGAACUAAAUCUCUGGCGCAAUAAUCCUGCAUCCCAUUACUACGAUUGGAUGCUCAUAAACAAUCGUCUCAACUCCAUCAUCGAAGCACGCGACAAGAAUGACUUGCAAGCUCUCCUCGACCUCGUGCGCUCCGGCUUGGUUCGCAACCUGGGAAACAUCACUUCUCCGAGAUUGUAUAACCGGGCAUUUGGUGGAACCAAAUACCUGAUCGAAGAGUACAUCGCGCAAGUGGCUGGUGCCAUCGACGACAUCAAUCACCGUGUUGCGACGCCGGCCCACGACAAGUACACCCAUACCUACACCCUCUCGACCCAGCGCAAGCUCGACUUUCUACAUGACUCUAGGCAGGCUUUUGGGCGGAGCACUCUGGUGCUGCAGGGCGGCGCCAUGUUUGGAUUGUGUCAUCUAGGAGUCGUGAAGGCGCUUUUCUUACGGGGCCUGCUACCGCGAAUUAUCACGGGCACUGCAACCGGCGCGCUCAUCGCGAGUUUAGUAGCCAUUCAUACCGAGGAAGAGCUACCUCGUGUGCUGAGAGGCGACGGCAUCAACCUCUCCGCUUUCAAGGAAAAACAGCAAGUGCAUAGUGGCCACGAGAACUGGGCGCCUUUCGUCGGAGCCAGCUGGGACACAUUGCUGCGUAGGAUCCAAAGGUUCUGGCGCGAAGGUCACUUCCUCGACGCGAAGGUGCUGGAAGACUGCGUCAAGGCUAACGUGGGCGACCUGACCUUUGAAGAAGCAUACCACAGAAGCAAGCGGGUGCUGAACAUCACGGUGGCGACGGCGGAGAACGAGGGAAUUCCCGCACUCCUGAAUUACAUCACCGCCCCCAACGUGCUGAUCUGGACCGCCGCUGUUGCAUCGAACGCCUCGACGUCCUCGUUCUACGGCGUUAGGCGCACAACCGUUCUAUGCAAGGACGUAAGCGGCGCGAUCGUCCCCUGGGCACCGCCGGCUAGCUCGUUGCGGCCGAGGGGCGCCCGCGCGACUUCGGACAAGGACCACCACAAGGCGCCCCUGUCGCGCGUGGCCCAGCUGUUCAACGUAAACCACUUCGUCGUCAGCCAGGCGCGGCCUUACCUCAUCCCCUUCCUCGAGUCGGACAUGCACGGCCCUUCGCUCUUCACGGCCCGACACAAGAGGUCUCAGGUGACGAGCCACCUGUUCCGCAUCAUCGGCCUCGAGACGCGGCACCGCCUCAAGCAGCUGGACACGCUCGGCGUGCUGCCGGCGGGCAUCCGACGCUUCCUGGUCGACGAGGACGUGCCGUCGGGCAGCAGCACGACGCUGGUCCCCGAGGUCUCGGCGAGGGACUUCGUGAGGCUGCUCGAGACGCCGACAAGGGAGACGCUGGACUACUGGAUCACGAGGGGCGAGAGGAGCGUGUGGCCGGCGGUCGGCGCGCUCACGGUCAGGUGCGCCGUCGAGUACGAGAUCGAGAGCGCGUACCAGCGCGCCAGGAGCUUGAAGGCGGGCGGUCUGAGGAGGAAGGCGAGUACGGGGGGUCCUGCGCCACCGGCGCCGGGCCAACUGGGGCCUCAGGAAAUGGAAGACGCAAGCUCCUUGACUCGGCUGGUCACCCGGACGGUGCUGCUGCUGCUGCGUCUGCUUCUGCCCGAAUGCGCGUACGGAUGUGUAUGCACGACGGCGGCGUAG